GGGGCCGGUCGCCAUUUUGGUCGGAGUGGCUGGCGGCGGCGGAGGUGGGAAAGAGAGAGAGAGAGAGAGAGAGACACAGACACACAUAUAUAUACACACGGAGCACAGAGGGAGGGAGGGAGCCGCUGUCAGACCGGACCGAGGGGAGAAGGUAUUGGAGGUUAAAGGACUGUUGAGGCUGAUUGAACUGAAGAGAUGACUACCUCAGCUGAUUUGAUGGAGCUGGACAUGGCGAUGGAGCCAGACCGUAAAGCCCAGGUCAGUCACUGGCAGCAGCAGUCAUACUUGGAUUCAGGUAUUCACUCUGGAGCCACGACUACAGCCCCUUCACUGAGUGGAAAGGGCAACCCAGAAGAGGAAGAAGUGGAUACCAGUCAAGUGCUAUAUGAAUGGGAGCAAGGUUUCUCUCAGUCCUUCACACCAGAGCAAGUAACUGAUAUUGAUGGACAGUAUGCUAUGACGAGAGCCCAGAGGGUUCGUGCUGCCAUGUUUCCCGAAACACUGGAUGAAGGCAUGCAGAUCCCGUCAACACAGUUUGAUGCUGCUCACCCAACCAAUGUGCAGCGCUUGGCUGAACCAUCACAGAUGCUGAAACAUGCUGUUGUUAACCUAAUCAACUAUCAGGAUGAUGCAGAACUGGCUACCCGUGCUAUCCCAGAACUGACAAAACUGCUCAAUGAUGAGGACCAGGUUGUAGUAAACAAAGCUGCUGUGAUGGUUCAUCAACUAUCAAAAAAAGAAGCCUCUCGCCAUGCCAUUAUGCGUUCUCCUCAGAUGGUAUCUGCUAUUGUCCGUACCAUGCAGAAUACCAAUGAUGUGGAGACCGCACGCUGCACUGCUGGAACUCUACAUAACCUGUCUCACCAUCGUGAAGGGUUGCUGGCUAUCUUCAAAUCUGGAGGCAUCCCUGCCCUGGUGAAAAUGCUUGGGUCUCCAGUGGAUUCUGUCCUGUUCUAUGCCAUAACAACCCUUCACAACCUGUUGCUGCACCAGGAAGGAGCCAAGAUGGCAGUGCGUCUGGCUGGUGGGUUGCAGAAAAUGGUUGCCUUGCUAAAUAAGACAAAUGUCAAAUUUCUGGCCAUCACAACAGAUUGUCUUCAGAUAUUGGCGUAUGGCAACCAAGAGAGCAAGUUGAUCAUUCUGGCAAGUGGUGGGCCCCAGGCACUUGUGAACAUCAUGAGGACCUAUACUUACGAGAAAUUAUUGUGGACCACCAGCCGUGUACUCAAAGUGCUGUCUGUUUGCUCCAGUAACAAACCUGCAAUAGUGGAAGCUGGUGGUAUGCAGGCUCUUGGACUGCACCUUACAGACCCAAGUCAGCGACUUGUUCAGAACUGUCUCUGGACUCUUAGAAAUCUGUCAGAUGCUGCUACUAAGCAGGAGGGAAUGGAAGGUCUCUUAGGAACCCUUGUCCAGCUCCUGGGAUCAGAUGAUAUUAAUGUUGUGACAUGCGCAGCAGGCAUCCUUUCUAACCUGACAUGUAAUAACUACAAAAACAAGAUGAUGGUCUGCCAGGUUGGUGGUAUUGAGGCUUUGGUGCGCACUGUCCUCCGAGCUGGUGACAGAGAAGACAUCACUGAACCUGCCAUUUGUGCUCUUCGUCAUUUGACAAGCAGGCAUCAAGAUGCAGAGAUGGCUCAGAAUGCUGUACGCCUCCAUUAUGGGCUGCCUGUAGUGGUUAAACUCCUGCACCCUCCAUCACACUGGCCUUUGAUUAAGGCUACUGUUGGUCUCAUCCGUAAUCUGGCCUUGUGUCCAGCUAACCAUGCCCCACUUCGUGAACAAGGUGCCAUUCCAAGAUUGGUUCAACUGUUGGUUAGAGCACACCAAGACACCCAGCGCCGCACAUCAAUGGGAGGCACACAGCAACAGUUCGUGGAGGGAGUGCGAAUGGAGGAGAUUGUGGAAGGCUGUACUGGAGCUCUUCAUAUUCUUGCACGUGACGUUCACAACAGGAUUGUUAUUCGAGGACUCAAUACCAUUCCGCUCUUUGUGCAGCUACUCUACUCUCCGAUUGAGAAUAUCCAACGGGUGGCUGCUGGUGUGCUGUGUGAGUUGGCUCAGGAUAAGGAAGCAGCUGAAGCUAUUGAGGCUGAAGGGGCCACAGCUCCUCUGACGGAACUGCUGCACUCGAGAAAUGAAGGUGUUGCUACCUAUGCUGCAGCAGUAUUGUUCCGUAUGUCUGAAGACAAACCACAGGAUUAUAAAAAACGUCUCUCUGUUGAGCUUACGAGCUCGCUGUUUAGAACUGAGCCGAUGACAUGGAAUGAGGCAGGAGAUCUUGGAAUUGACAUGGGAGGCCAAGGUGAACCUCUUGGAUACCGUCCAGAUGAUCCUAGCUUUCGCUCUUACCAUCCAGGAGGAUAUGGACAGGACACCAUGGGUAUUGACCCGAUGAUGGAGCAUGAUAUGGGUGGUCACCACCCUGGUGCUGAGUACCCGGUCGAUGGGCUGCCAGACCUUGGACACGCCCAGGACUUGAUGGAUGGGCUUCCCCCAGGUGACAGUAAUCAGCUGGCCUGGUUUGAUACAGACUUGUAAAUAUAAUCUGCAUAAUAGUUAUACUGUCUGAAUGAACUUGCAUUGUGAUUGGCCUGUAGAAUUGCUGAGAGGGCUCGAGGGGUGGGCUAGUUUCUCAGAAAGUGCCUGACACUAACAAAAAGCUGAGUUUCCUAUGGGAACAGUCAAAGUAAACUUUUUGUUCUGGUCCUUUUGGUCGAGGAGUAUUGGAGGGAAUGGAUUUGGAAAUGGCUGCCUACUUUUGAAGAACGCUCAAGAUUGGAUCAAGAGAUGGAACUUAUAAAAACUCUAGCCUUGCCUGUUAACUUUUUUUUAUUAUUUUUUUUUAAAUCUCUGUAAUGGUACUGACGUAGCUUGCUUUGAAGUAGAGUAGACUAGUAAAUGAUAUUCCUUUUAACAUAGUAUUGUAGUGUUAAGUUAUAGUGGCAAUGUUAUAGCCGUUCUUGAUUUUUAAUAACUGAAGUAAUUGUGUAGAGCACUAAUUCAUAAUAGAUUUAAUUGUAUUCUGAAGUGUAACACUGUGUAGCUUUUGUAUAAAAAAAAUGUGAAACUAGAUGAAAGUCCACUUGCAGUUACUUUUAAUACGCUGAGAAAUGCAAGCAGGUGAAAUGAAACGUGUUUGAUCAAUAUUGCUUCAUCCUAGGGAUUUUUGGGAGGGCUCAGUAGAACUGUCAUUUCUGCAAUGGUUGUAAUAGUUUAUUGAGAGGACACUCCUCCACCCCUCCCCCAAAAGCUAUUGUAUCCUGCAACGCAGAUGCUUCUUGGAAAUAUGCGGUUGUAGAAACAGAAUUAAACUGGACUUAUUUCA